CUGCAAGGACGAUAGCUAAUCUCCGAGGUUUGGAAGUUGACAGUGAAAUUGUACAAAAAGAAAUCGACACAAUGAAGAAACAAGAGUUAUACUAUGAAUCAGUGCCGAAGAUUUCUUUAUUAUCAAUACUACGGAAUAGCAACUGGCGUCGGAUAGUUAUUCUCAUCCUGUUAAUAAUAACCGUGCACGCGACAAAUGGCGCGGUGUCCGUCAUCACGUAUGGCGCUAGUACCCUCGCCGCCAGCGGGAUCCCAUACAGCAUCAGCCCCGAACUGCAGUCGCUGAGCUUUCCUGUCAUGAUGAUUAUUGGGUCAUUGGUAUUAAUGGCCACAGUUGAGAGGUUUGGACGAAAGCCGCUGAUGGGGUUCUGUUUAAUGCUAUCCGUGUGCUCUAUGGGUGCUCUUGGAGUGGCGCUGCUCCUACAAUCCAGCGGUUUCAGUCCGCCCAGCUGGCUGCCAGUCCUAGCCAUGGUUGGCAUCGUCUUCGGAUACGCGACGGGUGUCUCACCUUUGCCUUUUAUAAUAAUGUCUGAGAUAUUGAACUUUCAGAUUCGUGCGAAGGUGAUGGGUCUGGUGGUUACAUACUCUUGGUUUAUGAAUUUCAUGCAACUUAUCCUCUACAGUCAGAUAUCUAUGUAUUUAGGAUAUCACUCCACUUUCUUCUUCUUCGCCGGACUCAAUCUCUUUGGUUUCUUCGUGUCUCUCUUCUUACUACCAGAGACAAAAGGAAAGAACGACGAAGAGAUAGAAGUUGAAAUCAAAAAGAAAUUCGCUAGGAAAUGUUUUUAAAUACAAUUUUUAUUGAAAAAUAA